CCCCCAACUCGCCUCACAUUCUUUGCCAAGAGCUGUUAUUAUUUCACCAAAGUCCGCCUUCCUUCCGGGGCUCCUCUCCCGCCAACAUCAAGCGGUCUUUCAACCGGACUGCGAGGGGAACUUUUCGCCGGACUCAAUGAAAUGUUCCGAGGCCAGAAUCGCCACUUUAGAUGUUUUUUUGUUUUUUUGUUUUUUUUUGUCGAAGCUAGCUUAAAGUGUAACGGCUAUUAACCGGAAGUGGUUAGCAGGGAAAAAGGCACGUAAAACCGGAAGUGGUAAGCAGGAAAAAGGCACCCGGGGGAUAAAAAACAGAAAAGAAAAAAGAUUAGAGUUCAGCAAGAAGUCUGAGCAGAAGUCUCCCAGGACGAAGACUUCCUCCGUGGACCGAGUAGUGCCGUCCGUGUGCUGCGGGACCGCGGAGUUUGAUGAUGGGUUUGCCGACGCUGGAGUUCAGCGACUCUUUCCUGGACAGUCCUGAGUUCCGAGAGAGACUUCAGUGCCAUGAAGCCGAGCUGAACAGAACCAACAGGUUUAUUAAAGACCUCCUCAAGGAUGGAAACAUGCUCAUAUCCGCACUCACAAGUCUUUCUCUCGCUGUGCAGCGCUUCUCGCAGUCCCUGCAGGAGUUCCAGUUCGAGUGCAUCGGAGACGCCGAGACCGACGACGAGGUCAACAUCGCCCAGUCGCUGAAGGAGUUCUCUCAGCUGCUGAGCACCAUGGAGGAGGAGAGGAAGCGACUGAUCCAGAACGCCGACGACGUGUUGAUCUCGCCGCUGGAGCGCUUUCGCAAGGAGCAGAUCGGCGCCGUCAAGGAGGGAAAGAAGCAGUUUGACAAGGAGACGGAGAGGUACUACUCAGUCCUGGACAAGCACCUCAGCUUGUCCCCCAAGAAGAAGGAGUCACAGCUGCAAGAGGCCGACUCGCAGAUGAGCAAAGACCGGCAGGUGUUCUACGACGCUUCACUGCAGUACGUCUUCAAGAUCCAAGAGGUGCAGGAGAGGAAGAAGUUUGAGUUUGUGGAGCCGUUGUUGGCCUUCCUGCAAGGCUUGCUGACGUUCUACCACGAAGGCUACGAGCUGGCCAGCGAGUUUGAGCCCUACAAGCAGCAGCUGCAGUUCAACCUGCAGAAUGCCCGCAACAACUUUGAAAGCACGCGCGCCGAAGUGGAGAGACUGAUGAAGAGGAUCCGGUCCGCCGAGGAGGACUUCAAGGCCCCGAGCUGCUUCACCAUGGAGGGAUACCUGUGCAUACAAGAGAAACGUCCGCUGGGCAGCGUGUGGACCCGGUACUACUGUACGUACGAGAAGACUUCUAAGAUGUUCACCAUGAGCAACACAGAGGCCCGACCCUCGGGCCGACAGAACGGCGUGCUAAACGGGACGCCGGAGAUGUUCAAGCUUCGGUCGUGUGUCCGAAGGAAGACCGACUCCAUCGACAAACGUUUCUGCUUCGACAUCGAAGUGGUGGAGAGACAUGGCGUCCUCACCCUGCAAGCACUGUCUGAGGCCAACAGGCGCCUGUGGAUGGAAGCCAUGGACGGCAAAGAGCCCAUCUACACUCUGCCAUCUUUACUCAGCAAGAAGGAAGAGACUUUUCUCAACGAGACCGGCUUCAGCUUCGUAAGGAAGUGCAUGGAGCUGGUGGAAAGCAGAGGCCUCACCACUCUGGGCCUCUACCGCACCGGGGGAGUCAACUCCAAAGUGCAGCGCCUGAUGACCAGCAUAUUUGCCUCCACUUCUGCUUGGGACGCGCAGCUGGACGCAGACGCUUGGGACAACAAGACCAUCACUAGCGGCCUCAAGAACUAUUUUCGGUGCCUGGCAGAACCGGUCCUGACCUACCGGCUGCACAAAGAUUUGAUCAAGGCUGCAAGGUAUGACGACCAGAAGCAACGAGUCAGAGCCGUCCACGCUCUCGUCCACAGACUACCGGAGAAGAACCGAGCCAUGCUGGACCUCUUGACCAGUCACCUGCUCAAGGUCUCCGCCCACUGUGACCAGAACCUGAUGACCGUGUCCAACCUGGCCAUGAUCUUUGGCCCCACCCUGAUGAGGUCGCAGGAGGAGACGGUGGCGGCCAUGAUGAACAUCAAGUUCCAGAACAUCGUGGUGGAGAUCAUCAUCGAGAACCACGACAAGAUAUUUGGCGAGGCCCCGGACCUCUCGGUGCCGCUACCUCAGGCGCCAUCUUCUCGGGCGACUCCUCGGAGGAGCAAAGCCAUCUGUCUGUCAUCGGGGAAGAGGAAGCCGCGCCUUUACCCGCCUGCUCUCUGCUUGGCAGACAACGACAGUGACACGUUCAGCAGCAGCCCGGGCACCACCCCCAUGGGCACCACCCCCAUGGGCAGCCAGGAGUCUCUGUCCUCGCACUCCUCGGAGAAGAACGGCGUGCCGCAAGCGUCUCCCCUGUCCUCGCCUCCUCCCGCCCAGCCCAGCCCCUCCUCUCAAGUGGAGCCGUCUCCUUCCCGCGCCUCCAACGGAGGAGAGCGCCAAUGGGCGGCGGACGACCCGGCCGUCCCUGGCAAGCGGGCGUCCUCCGUGGCUUCGUCCAUGUUGUCUCUGCGCUCGGCGGCAGAGCGGACGGAUUCCACCGUCUCCUUGUCGUCCGCCAAGGAGUCCAGAUCUCACUCGUCCUCGUCCACCAUCCAGCUGUCCUCCUCGCACUCCCCUCUGAGGGAGGGUCGCUCGGUCCAGAGAGUGUCCUCCGUCUCCUCCCUGGUGGAGCAAAGAGAAGCGACACGGGGGAAAGACUCUCCUCCCACCUACAGGAGGGCCUCCACCUCCUCCUCCUCCUCUUCGUCCUUGUUCCCCUACCAGCGCUCCACAUCGUCCUCGCUCACCUCCCUGCACAUCUCUGAAGAUUAUAGGAGCUGCCACGGCUCCGUGCAGAGUUUGGCCUCGCUGGACCCCCGAGACGCCUCACGCAGGAUCUCACACCUCCGCCGAAGCUCCGACGUCAAACACUCCUCGUCCAGCAACGGCUACCAGAGACCCGGAUCCGUCCUGUCAGCACGCACUCAACAGCGGGACAGCUCACUCUUCUCCUCAGCUUUGGACAUUUGUCCCUCCGGAAGGGAAGCCAAGGCUCUGUACUCCUGUGAGGCGGAGCACAGCCAUGAGCUCAGCUUUCCACAGGGGGCGCUGCUCACCAACGUGCAUUCGUCCGUGGAACCAGGUUGGCUGCAGGCGACCUUCAAGGGCAAGACGGGCCUCGUUCCGGAAAACUACAUCGCGUACGCCUGACUGACGUCGCUCACGUACGCCUGACUGACGUCGCUCACGCCUGACUGACGUCGCGUACGCCUGACUGACGUCGCUCACGCCUGACUGACGUCGCGUACGCCUGACUGACGUCGCUCACGUACGCCUGACUGACGUCGCUCACGUACGCCUGACUGACGUCGCUCACGCCUGACUGACGUCGCGUACGCCUGACUGACAUCGCUCACGCCUGACUGACGUCGCGUACGCCUGACUGACGUCGCUCACGUACGCCUGACUGACGUCGCUCACGCCUGACUGACGUCGCGUACGCCUGACUGACGUCGCUCACGCCUGACUGACGUCGCGUACGCCUGACUGACGUCGCUCACGUACACCUGACUGACGUCACGUACACCUGACUGACGUCGCUCACGUACACCUGACUGACGUCACGUACACCUGACUGACGUCGCUCACGUACACCUGACUGACGUCGCUCACGUACACCUGACUGACAUCACUCACAUACACCUGACUGACUUGUGACGUCAUCACACUGCUGACCGCCUUGAAAAUGUUUACCGUCCAGAAGUCCACUUUGACACCUGUGCCAAAGUGUUGCUGAAAUCACUGAAAUAUUGACUGACACUGGCCACAACAUUAGGUACACCUGCACCGUCCAAUGCAGGGCUGUCCAAAGCACACAAGUUUGCAUUCAUUUAACUACACGCUCCAAAAGGGACAAGCGGUAGAAAAUGGAUGGAUGGAUGGAUGCUAUUGUGUCACCAUCUAGUGGGCAACUUGAAUAAAUCAGGUCAAGGACCUUUUAAUUAUGCUCUUGAAUGGGAGUUUGUGCAGCAUUUACUUGUAUGACCCAAUUCAAACAACCUUCCCCAGUCAUGAUGCUGACAUAAGUCAACACACAUGGUCACAAAUAACACAACCUGUUCACUGAACUUUGUGGAUAUUAUUAAAAAUAUAGUAACCUUGACUAUUAUCCGUCCAUCCAUCCAUUU